AUGGUCACCUUGUUUUACUUCACCAUCAGUGGAUAUGCUCAGGUUGAAGCUCCAAUGGGAGGCACCAUGUACAACACAGGGAAGCACGUGUCCCUGCGGCCAGACAAAGCCCACCUGGUGAACAUCUCAGGGGGGCCGCUGGGUUACAGCUACAGGCUCGAGGAGGUCCGCCUCCAUUUUGGUAGCGAGGACGCCUCGGGCUCAGAGCACCUCCUCAACGGACAGGGCUUUCCUGGAGAGGUCCAGUUGAUCCAUUACAACCAUGACCUGUACGCCAACUACACUGAGGCAGCCAAGAGUCCUCACGGCAUCGCUGUGGUCUCCAUCUUCAUAAAGCUCUCUGAAAACUCCAACUCCUUCCUCAACCGCAUGCUCAAUAGAGACACCAUCACCAGAAUCAACUACAGACGUGCUGAGCCAAUCAGAGCGGAUCAUGACAACAAUGUUUCAUCAAACUGAUAAAACUCCUGCAGGAAAUCAUGUUGAUGUCUGGAGGCCAGAGCGGCAUGAUUAUCACACAAAUCUUCUGAGAAUGCUGGUUUUAUUUGCAGAUA